AUGAAGACCACAAUCAUGAGUUUGUUAAUUGUGGUAUUAUCACUAAUCGGUUUAGCUCAUGCUGCAUCCUUUUACGAGGUUGGAGACUUCAACGGAUGGACGACAAUGAUGGGGGUUGCCUAUUACAAGACAUGGUCUUCUUCAAAGACUUUCCACGUUGGAGAUGCUCUCAUCUUUCAAUACAACAAGGAUAUCCACAACGUGAUUGAAGUGAGCUUCAGAGAUUAUGAAUCGUGCAACCCUAACUCAGCUCUGGCCAGAUAUAAAUCAGAGUAUGAACCGGUUAAACUUAACAGAACCGGGCACUAUUACUUCAUAUGCGGUUUUACUGGUCACUGCGAAGAUGGUCAAAAGCUGGAGGUCCUAGUCAUGCCUGCCUCUCUGCAGAAUACUACCAUUAUUCAACAAAACAACACCUCUUCUUCUAACCCUAAACCUAAUCCUGUUAAUGCUAAGCCUAAUCCUACGCCUAAACUUAAACCUAAACCUUCUCCUUCGCCACCUUUAGAGGAUCCUCUUGUGGUUCUUUCAGUAGAUGAUGCAACGAUUGCAUCACUUCCUCACAAUGCGGUCUCAUACCCUCGUGUGUGGAGUGGCUUAAGCAUGCUCUCCUUAAUUCUUCUUGAUUUUAUUGUUUUAAACAUUAUGUUUGCUAUGUUAGAAGGCCCGGCCCUGACCUAA